ACUAAAGUGCGAAACUAUUCAAUUAUGACGACCUUUACGUUUGACUGCAAACUGUGUUAAAAUGAACUGCUUCAUAAUAAUAUACAUAAAACUUCAAUUGAAACGUGAAAUCAGGACUGACCUUGACGCCUCAGAACAGCCGACAAACCAAAAUGCGCUAACCUAAUUAUGUCGUAAAUUGUAAUGGAUAACCGCACGAGUUAUGAUUCUGAAAACGAACAGAACUCAUCGAUUUUCGUAACAAACUUUCAAAAUGGAGACAGCGUUAACUAUUCUGUUGUUCUUCUUAAAGGAAUAAUAACACGUUUAAACUGUAAUACCCAAGAAAAGUUAAUCUGUUCAAUCACAAACAACGGGACACAAAGUAAAACGCAAUGGGAUGUCCAUAAUGGAGAGUUUAAGGCAAUAAUUGAAUUAAAACAUGGAGAAAAUGUGAUUGAACUUGAAUACACAGAACAACAACGCCGGAAAUUUAUUUUAGAUUACACACCGAGAAAAACGAAUCUAAGGGUAACACCUGUCUACAUUAUUUGCCAAGGCCAUGACGGUUGUUUUCAAAGUCCAUCCGAUAUUGACAACUCUGUAGAGAGUGCAUGUUUACGUAUAUCUCUUGGCUGUAAACUAAUACAAAGUUUAACAGCUGAAAAAUUGUUUGAAAGUGGCAAUGGCCGAAAAACAUUUCAACUCGAAAACGAAGUCAACCCAAGGAAACCAGAAUGCAUAAUAUUCAAGAGUACGCUAAAUGUGAACAAAGCUAGAAAAAUGAAACAAGCUGAAUUAUGGUCUCACUUUGGUAGAGAGCUCAUGCUUUCUGAUUUAGGAAGCAAUGAGAGGAAAUUUAUAGGUUUUAUAUCUUGCACAAGGUAUAAAGGAACUGAUCUCGACAAGCCUAUGACACAUGAAGAGACAGUUUCUAUGACUGAAGCUUACGCGGCUUUGGGUGGUGGAGGAUUGGCUUUAUUUGGAACAGCAUGCUUAUACACUUGGCCUACAACGAUUGAUGAAAUAAUUCCAAACUUUAUGAAUUCAACACCCGUAAAUCCAAAGAGGUUCAUGGACGAUAGUGGUUAUCGUGGAACACUCGGAGGCUGCUUUGCAACAACUUUGGGAUCUGUAUUUCACGAACUUGGACAUACUUUUGAUCUUGGACACACUAAAGAUGGGAUAAUGGGCAGAGGUUUUGAUAAUUUAGACAGAGUAUUCAUUGUUGGAGAAAAAAGAUCAUCGUUGCUAAAAGAUAGUAUGAAUAAUUUUAAUGGAAAACCAGUACAACAUUCGACCGUUUCUCUUCAACGUAACAUAAAUGUAACUAUGAAUGUGGCAGAGCCGUUGAGAGUGUUAGGGCCAAGAAGUAAAACGACCUUAGGAAACUUUGCAUCAAUGUCAAAAUCAGAUAUUGUAAGGAGAAGUCCAAAUAUCACUCCAAUAACAAGACCAUCAAGUGUAUACUCAAGUAUUACAAACAAAUUAACAGAAUCUAAGAAAAAUAUAAACCGCAAUCAUAGCAAUGAUUCCAUAUAUUGGACCAGAAACUGCGCAGUAUUCCUGUCUUAUCAUAGAUGGUUCAAUAAUGAAUACGGCAGAGAGAGACAAGCAAUUACUAGAUAUCUAAAAUUUGACAAAAACAAAAUGAUGAUUAUCUCUACUGCGGGUAUCAGGAUAGUUGAAGUCAGAGAUGAUUCUAAUGGAAUGGUUUUAGAUUCUUAUGAAUUUACUAACCUCCUACCAGAAAAAAGGUUUUUGGUUCCAUUCACGUUUUCCCCUAAAACAAAAGUUUUGACAAUAGUUGUUGAAGAUGACUUAGGAAAUGUGUUAAAACAAACGUUUUCAUACUAGAUCGAACAACACAAAUUUUCCUAUUG